AUACACUGUUCCUAAUAGCGAUAACAUUCUGGCUUUUGUCAAAUACACUGUUCCUAAUAACGAUAACAUUCUGGCUUUUAUCAGAUACACGGUUUCCAAUAACGCUCCGGCUUUUGUCAAACACACUGUUUCUAAAGGUCUUGAGUAUUAUGACCCCGAUAUUGACUAUGAGAUAUUGGAUGAUAAUGCAAGCUACCUUGAAAAUAUAUCCGAAAUUCCAUUUACUCCAAAGACCACAACGGAUGAAAGUGUGACGACUGAUUACGAAUGUGCUAGUAGAGACUUUGCAUUUGAUGAAAGAGCACUAAAUCAUGCGAAAAAUUUUGUAAUAUCAACCAUUGAACAUUUAGAGCAAGACGAAAGCGAUAUUAACUGGUUAACACCAAAUGAUAAUUUACAAUCAGAAGUCGAGUCCAUGUGGACUCUGCCAACAGAUGAUAUUAAUGCAAUCGAUUAUGAAAUAGUUGGUGAUUCAGAUAUUAAUAAUCAAGAAAAAAAAAAAGAACAAUGUGUUAUUAUUGAUUAUGAGGAAGGACGUUUUCAACGCUGCUUAAGAAAUACACAUAGACCAAUUAAACAGCUCAUGGGCAUUUGGGAAUUAGACUUUCAGACAUUAGAUAUAGCAAUUAAGGUUGGAACAAACAAUGCAUUAAAUAAUUUAGGGUCAUCCACGAGUCAAAAACGGUCGAAGUUCGUUUGCUCUCGUUGUUUUGAUAAUGAAGGGGGACAUUUUUUUCAACGAAGAAAAAAAGGCAUUGUGCAAUUCUCUUGUGCCGCAAAACAUACGGAUGAUAAUCAAUUUUCUCUUCAACUUCUUGGGCGAUGGAUUCAGGAAAUGGCAAUAGACAAGGAUCAGCAGCUAAAAGCUAUGCUUUUAGAAGAGAUCUG